AUGGAAGUACCCGGAAGAGCACUGGAGUGGACAUCAUCCCUUAACGUCAAACAUCCCUCCGACACAAGUCAUCUACCCCUCGACGUCAGACACCGCCCCCACCUCACCCCGACGCCAGACACCCCCACCCCACCCCGACGCUGGACACCGCCCCCUACCCCACCCCGACGCCAGCCACGCAAACUAACGCCAGCCACGCCCACCAACGCCAGCCACGCCCACCAACGCCAGCCACGCCCACCAACGCCAGCCACGCAAACUAACGCCAGCCACGCCCACCAACGCCAGCCACGCCCACCAACGCCAGCCACGCCCACCAACGCCAGCCACGCCCACCAACGCCAGCCACGCAAACUAACGCCAGCCACGCCCACCAACGCCAGCCACGCCCACCAACGCCAGCCACGCAAACUAACGCCAGCCACGCUCACCAACGCCCACCAACGCCAGCCACGCCCACUAACGCCAGCCACCGCCCACCAACGCCAGCCACCGCCCACCAACGCCAGCCACGCCCACUAA